AUGCAGCAACCGUGCAUCGCUCUUGGAGCUUCGAAUGGUCACAGCUCCCAGCCAGUGUGGGGCCCGUUUCCCGUUGCGCCUUCCAAGAUCCGCCCUCGCAUUCUGCAGGCUGCUCAAAAUCGCCAGCGGGACGCCAGCUGGCUAGCUCCGACGUUGCCCAGGAAUGACGUUCUCCCAAUCAUCAUUCGUGGGUCUCCGCAUGAAACGCGCCGGUUCUCGGAUCGCCAAAUGAACGGUACAGAUGAUCCUCCGCCGAAUCUUAGCCAGGACGAGAUCGAACCCAUUGAACGGGCAGCCGCUGUCGUCACACCACCUCCUCUCCCUUCGCCGACACUUUCGUCUCCUGUCUCGCUCUAUCGCCUCGGCAUCUCGCCAUAUUCCAAGCAGUUCUCAUCCCCACGCGCCCCAGGCCCACCCUGGCUCAAGUCGCCCUCAGUCGAGAUAGGACACGACACGAGUUAUGAUGACCAGGCUGACGACCACGACCAGGCUGACGAUAGCCAAGACUACGAGCACGAACAAACGCACGAACAAACGCACGAACACGCUAACGAUGGAGACGUGGAAAGCAACGCGGCGGAGCACUCUGGUGAUAGCCCAUCAUCAGAAGACCCCAUCGCACUAGAUAGCAAAGAUGUCCUCCUUCAACGGCUCGGCGACCUCAUGCAGCGCCUGAAUAGUGACGACACCAGCUUCAAGGAUGAGAACCUUUCCGCGCUCCACUCUAAGGUGGACGAGAUGGAAGAUGUCCUCGAGGGGAGUCCGCAUCCCCUCUUAAGAUCUCAAGUCUCCGACCUCACGAACGCCAUUGCGGAGGCACCGCUUUUGAAACCUCCAGCCGAACGGAAACCGGUUCAAAUUCGGAGGCCGAAGCCCGCAAUCUCCGCCGAGGAUGCCAGUCGAAUUGCCCAGGAGGCUGAGGAGCUAAGUGAGCAUCUGACCUCCAUCAUCUCCCGGCUCCAGUCUCGCCAGGAGGAAUCAGAGCAUAUCCAUGCACUUCUCAUCGAUAGAGCCGAGCGAGCGGCGCAGCGCAUUAUCGUUCUCGAAGAUCACGUCCAAAACCUGCAAGCAAACCUCCACGAAUAUGACACCGAACUCGCAAGUCUCCGCAUUGCCCUCAAAGCUAUCGAGGUGCAGUGUCCGCCUCCCUCCAACAUGGAUGAGGACCUUAGGCGAAGCAUACAAAAGUGGAAGGCCGACUGGAAGAGCGUUAAGGAGAAGCGUGCCUCUCGCUCCCUGCGCGAGUCGUCCUUCCUCUCAUCCGCCCCAGCUACCCCUCGCUGA